UCAAAAAAAAAAAAAAAAUAUAUAUAUAUAUAUAUACACACACACACACACACACACACACACACAGACACACACAAAUGACCAAGAAGUGCUUGAAAAGAUCCUCGUCGCCCUUAGUCACUGGGGAAAUGCAAAUCAAAACCACAAUAAGAUGCCAUUGCCUACCCAUUAGAAUGGCGAUAAUAUAAAAUAAAUAGAAAUAAAUGUACGGAGGGGAAAGCUCACUGCCGGCGCCGUGCGAAGUGCUGUGCUCGCUGCGGGGGAAAGCUGAGCAGUUCCGCAUCAAGGUACACACACAGUUUCAUGCGACUCAGCGGGCAUGUGUUACAGACCAAAAACAAGUGAAAACAGGUGUUCAAACAAAGGCUUGUCUGUAAAUGUUCACAGCAGCACUGUCCACAAUAUGCAAAAGGGGCGGGGCACCGCGGCUCAGGCCUGUAAUCCCAGCUCUUUGGGAGGCCAAGGUGAGUGGAUUGCUUGAGGCCAAGAGUUCGAGACCAGCCUGGCCAACAUAGCGAAACCCCCUCUCCGCUGACGAUACAAAAAUAAAUGGCCAGGCACAGCGGCUCACACCUGUGAUCCCAGCACUUUGAGAGGCUGAGGUGGGUGGAUCACCUGAGGUCAGGAAUUUGAGACCAGCCUGGGCAACGUGGUGAAACCCCAUCUCUACUAAAAAUACGAACAUUAACCAGGCAUGGUGGCCGGUGCCUGUAAUCCCAGCCACUAGGGAGGCUGAGGCUGGAGAAUCGCUUGAACCUGGGAGGCGGAGGCUGCGGUGAGCCGAGAUCUAGUCAGCGCACUCCAGCCUGGGGGAUGCGGUGGGUGGCGCACACCCGUAAACCCCGUUACUCAGAAGUUUUCCAUCUGGGGAGUAGAAAGUUCUGGAAGGAAACAGCAGUGGUGGCUGUACGACUUCGUGACUGUGCGGAGUAUCGGUUUAUACUUCAAAAUGGCUAAAAUGCUAAGUUUCACGUUGUGCGUAUUUUCUCACGAUAAAAAUAAACUCAGCUGUAGAGAACAAUUUAAAAAUGGGCAAGAGACGUGAAGCCACAUUUAACCCACAACAAGCUGCCAAUGGACAUAAGCGCCUGGAAAGAGGUUGUGUCCCAGCCAUUGGGGAAAUGCAACCGAGACCACAGCAAGGAGCAGCCUCGCAGCCAGAACCGCGGAAGCUAAACAUAGCGGCUGCAGCGACUUCGAGUGACAGUGUGCGGAGAAAGUGAGGCCAGGGCGGGCGGAUCACCUGAGGUCAGGAGUCUGAGACCAGCCUGGCCAACAGGGUGAAAUACCGUCUCUGCUAAAAAUACAAAAAUUAGCCGGGCACGACGGUGCACGCAUGUAAUCCCAGCUACCUGGGGGACCAAGGUGUGACAAUUGCUUGAACCCGGGAGGCAGAGGUUGCAGGGAGCCGAGAUGGCCCCACUGCACUCCAGCCUGGGCAACAGAGCGAGACUGUCUCAAAAAAAAAAAAAAAAAAAAAAAGGCCAGGCGCGGUGGCUCACGCCUGUAAUCCCAGCACUUUGGGAGGCUGAGGCGGGUGGAUCACGAGGUCAAGAGAUCGAGACCAUCCUGGUCAACAUGGUGAAACCCCGUCUCUACUAAAAAUACAAAAAAUUAGCUGGGCAUGGUGGCACGUGCCUGUAAUCCCAGCUACUCGGGAGGCUGAGGCAGGAGAAUUGCCUGAACCCAGGAGGCGGAGGUUGCGGUGAGCCGAGAUCGCGCCAUUGCACUCCAGCCUGGGUAACAAGAGCGAAACUCUGUCUCAAAAAUAAAUAAAUAAAUAAAUAAAAAUAAAAGAAAAAAGAAAAAGCACGCGAGUCUCGUGGAAAAUCAAAGGGCCUGACGGCGUUUCCCUUCCACUCAGUCCACGGUGUAUAAAUGGGUCACAGACGCUGGACAAGAUGCUCCACAGCGCGGGUCAUUAGGGAGAUGAACUCAAGCGCGCAGUGGCACCCACGGAUCGCGACGGCAGCAAAACCCAGAAAACGACGAGCCCCGCCCUUGCUGCACGGCUGGGAGGUGCCGUCUGCGGAGCUGCCGCGGGAAACGUGGGGUGAGUGUUGAACACGGAAUUACCGUCACCAGCAAAUCCUCGUAACUGUACACGCAGAGCGCCGGAAAACGGGACCUGCGGGGCGUGUCCGUGUCCGUGGCAGCGCUAAGCCGCCGCCCAGAGUGUCCAUGGAGAGACCCACGGAUGAAGGACGUGGACCCGCCACACGGCGGGACGCGGGUCACCGUGAAAGGGAAGGAGAGUCCGACACAGGCCGCGGACCAGCCGGUCGCCAAAGGACAAAUCCCGCGGGGCUCCCCGUGCGCGCCGUCCCGGGAGGCGGAUGGGCGGGGCGGGCGUUGAACCGGGACUAACCCCAACCCCGCGAGGAGCGCCGCGGCGGCACAGCGAGGCCAGGGAGCCUCAGGGCUCUGAACCGGGCACUUGAAAGGGAUCCAGUGCCAGCGCCCGCAGCGCCAGGGCUCAGGCCUUCCCGGGACCACCGCGCCUUCCCAAGGCUGAAGCCGAGAUGAGGUCGCCCCUCCGCAGCUCCGGCCGCCGCCCCUUCCCCGGGGACCCCCAGCGCCCCCCGAGCCCACGCCAAGCCCUGGCCCCUCACUCCAGCGCCCCGCAGGCUCCGAGGCUUCGAGGUGCUGUUCCCGCUGAGGGUCCCGCGCCCCCUUCGCCCCCUUUACCCCCCAGGCCCGGAUCCCCGCCCCCAGCAGCCGAGGGGCGCCAGCGCGGCGGAGGGGGCCGGAGGCGGCCCGGGCGACAGCUGGGGGGGCGGCCCUGACCUUCCCGAGAUCGCUGGGCGCGGCCGGGCCCCGUGGAGCCGGGGCGGUGCUGGGCGCCCCCGGCCCGUCCCCCUUCCGGGCGCCGCCAUAAAGGGGCCGUGCCGGGCCCCCGGGCCGUGGCCGCCGCGAUCCGCACCCACGACCGGCCCCGCCAUGGUCCCCCGGCCCCUGCUGCUGCUGCUGCUGCUCCUCGGGGGCUCCGCCGCGCGCCCCGCACCCCCCCGGGCCCCGCGACACUCGGACGGGACGUUCACCAGCGAGCUCAGUCGCCUGCGGGAGGGCGCCCGGCUGCAGCGGCUGCUGCAGGGCCUGGUGGGGAAGCGCAGCGAGCAGGAGGCGGAGAACAGCACAGCCUGGUCCAGGCUGGGAACCGGCCUGCUCUGCCUGUCCAGGUCCGACACGCCCAACCUACAGGCCUGGAUGCCCCUGAGGGCCCCCUUGGACAGGGCCUGGUCUCCCUGGCUGCCCGAUGGGCCCGGGCCUGGGGUUAUGGUUUCAGAAGGAGCCGGUGGCGCUGCUGCAGAAGGAACCCUGCGGCCCAGAUGAGGAAGGGACCCCCUCGCCACCCGCCAGGCCCAGAGCGGAGCUGCACUUGUGUUGAGGGGCGGGUUUGGGAAAGGGGGGGCUACUUGGCACCAAUAAAGGAGGAAUCAGACCCAGAC